AUGUUUUUUUAUGUUAUAUUAACAACUGUUUGUGUAUUAUAUUACUACUUUACAAGAACGCUGAACUACUGGCAACAUAAAAAUGUAAAAGGACCAAAGCCAAUUCCACUUUUUGGAAAUUUCAAAGACGUUGCAUUAAGAAGGAAAGCUAAGUUCUUGCACUACAAUGAGAUCUACAAACAAUAUCCUGAAGAAAAAGUCGUCGGCGUAUACCAGAUGACGUCUCCUGGUUUGCUUAUACGUGAUUUAGAUAUAGUGAAACAAAUUCUGAUCAAAGAUUUUGAAUUAUUUCCCGAUCGUGGCACGUACUUCAGCAAAAAAGGUUUUGGUGAAAACAUGAUACACUGUGAUAGUUAUACAUGGAAGAAUCUAAGAAAUAAAUUUACUGUUCUAUUUACAUCAACACGUAAUCCGGUAAUACAAACUAAAUUGCGAGAUGAAAUUGAUAAAGUAAUGGACAACUGUGAAGGUGAAAUAACUUACGAGAUAAUAAAAGAAAUGAAGUAUCUCAAGAUGGUUUUUGAUGAAACAUUGCGAAUGCAUCCAACAUCACAUGUGAUAACAAGAAAUGUUAAAGAACGGGUAAAGUUAGAUGGUACGGAUCUUACUGUUGAUAAAGGAUCCACUGUUAUUAUUUCACCAUUUUCAAUUCAGCACGACGAAAAAUAUUAUCCUGAACCGGAAAAAUUUGAUCCAGAAAGGUUUUCACCACAUAAUAUUAGAUGUGAUCAUCCAUGUGCCUUUUUAUCAUUUGGUGCUGGGCGUAGAGGUUGCCUAGCUACACAAUACGCAAGACUUCAAUUCAGUGUAGGAAUGACGAAGCUGCUGUAUAAUUUCCGAGUGGAGACUACGAGAAACACGUGCAGCAAUCUUACCUACGAUCCACAUCAUAUGCUGAUUAAACCAAAGCCGGGUGUGCUACUCAAUUUCAUUCCGAGGGAGAAGUGA